AUCACAAUCGUUCAAGGACACUACUGGGACGCUAUUGAGAUACACAAAUAUCCAGAAAUUCUCUCUGCGUCUGACGUGAGGCUGGUUUCCUACCAAUCAGACGGGUAUACGGAAGAGUGGGACGCGUGGCUGCAUGAUCAGCGCCGUCUUAACAUCCAGAGCAAACCUCCAGAAUUGAAAUUUGCAUGGCUGGAGCGAUAUGCACUGAGCAAAUUCGAUUCCAAGAGAAUUGCUACAGUGCAUCGGCCGGACUUCACGGAUCCAUUUCCUCAAUACAGGUACUGACCCGCCUUCAUAAAUAUGGCUUCUUACCUCUCAACUGCCCUCUCGGACGUCCAAAUGUCCCCCACACCGCCCAGCGUCUAUCUCUUCCCCCGUCUCCCUUUCGAACUACGCCUCAAAAUCUACAACCAAAUGCUCACCCCCCGCUACAUCCAUUACAACCCCACCUUCGCCUUACACCUCACUCUUGACCCUCAAAUCCCACCACUCCUCCACAUCAGCCAAGAGUCCCGAUCCUUCGCUCUAGAAUGGUACAAACUCCACACCGUCGGCACGCGACGUAUCUACCUCCACCCCACGCUCGACGUUGUUCUCUGGAUUCGCUGUCCCGGCCCUUCUUCUUCUUCCCGCGUCUUCAGGGCUGAUGCUCAACACCUUCUGCAAGAUAUCCAGACCUCCCCACGUGAUAUCCCGAAUUUCGCAAUCUCGAUUAAAUAUUGGAAUCGCAUUGUGAAGAAGGCAGAUUACAAGGAACUGUACGAGAGGAUUAGAGGUGGGGCAGAGAGGUUGUGGGUUGUAGAUGAUGUUUGUGGCGCAAUGGGGGGAAAGAGGGUUAGAGGGGCUAGGGUGGGGCUUAGGAAGUGGAGGAGGAAGGAUACUGGAAGCAGAGAAGAACCCUGGAGAAUGUGGGAUGGGAUGGCUGGUGUUGAGAACGGGGAAGGAGAGGGGGAAGAGAGGUUGGCGGAGGUGGGAUUCAAGAGGGUUGUGUUUAUGCUGAAGAAUUGAAGCGAGAGCAUAGGAUCAAGAAAAGUCAUUCAGCCCUUGAGGAGAAUUUGUAGUUUUCAAGUUCUGAAAUAGUCUUCAGAGAGAAUCAAAAAUUAUGAAGAGAAAAAUGAUUGGAUUCCUUUGCCCUAAGGUACAUAGUCAUUCUCAAACUCUCACAUCCCGCAAUCGAGCCAUUCUGAAAU